CAGCAUAAAGCAUGAUGAACAAAGUGAUAAAUUAAUAUACAGACAAAGGUGCCCUGCCGCAAACUGAGCUGAACUAUGUUGGAGGGAUUAGCAGCCUAUCUUCUCAACAAUUAUGUUGGAAAGUAUGUGGAAAACCUCAACACAAAACAGCUGUCCAUUGCCCUGAUACAAGGUUAUGUAGAAUUGGAAAACUUGCCUCUGAAGAGAGAUGCUUUGAGUAGUUUAGACCUGCCUUUGCAUGUCAAAUCAGGUUUCAUUGGAAAGAUCAAGGUUCAGGUCCCAUUUAAUAAACUUAGCAGUGAACCAUGGGUAAUCUCCAUGAAGAGGCUGUACCUGGUGGCAGGGCCAGUCAAACACUCCCAGUUUAAUGAGGAGAAAGAGAAAGAAUAUGAAGAAACCAAGAAAAAAGCCAUGCUUCAGGCUCUGGAGGAGAAAUGGAAGAUCUAUGAAGAGAAAAAAGAGUCCUAUGGAUCCUCAUGGUUUUCAUAUGGAACUUCCAUAGCCACCAACAUUUUGGAGAAUUUACAGCUGAACAUAGAAGAUGUCCAUAUCCGAUAUGAAGAUGAUGAGUUGGUGCCAGACCAUCCUUUUGCCUUUGGUAUUGUUAUCAAAAGUCUUAGUGCUCAGAGCACUGAUUCUGAAUGGAGAUCCAAUGUACGCAGUGUACAAGACGUACGGUAUAAACUGGUGGACCUACAGAACUUCUCCCUUUAUCUGGAUACUGAGGCUAGCAUGAUAGGGGACCUACCCCGCAAUGAUCUCUAUACUGCUCUACAGAGUGAAAAGUUUGUCUCUUGUAAGACGAAAAAAUUUAAGGAACACGAUUACAUCCUCUUCCCGGUCAGUGCCCAGACAAAGCUUAAGAGGAACACAUCCUCCUUGCCGCUCCGAUCCCCGGACAAUCCACGGAUCAACAUGGAUGUGUGUCUGGAGACAGUGGCCUUCUGUCUGAGUGAUGAACAGUAUCAAUGUAUUAUAGAGUGGCUCAAAGAGAUGGAACGAUACGAAAGACGCAGGAAAAAUCGGAAAUGGAGGCCGGCAGUGAAAGUCAAGAAUGGACCAUCAGCGUGGUGGAAAUAUGUCAUAAAUGCCACACUAUACACCAUACAUGAAAGAAAACGGAAACUCACUAAAGAGUUCAUAACACAGAGAGUUAAGAAUGUGUGUACCUAUCACAGAGUAUACUCAAACUUUCUCCAGACUCAUCAACUUAAUCCAGAGGACUCGGCUACCAAAACCAGACUGGAGACAGAAAUGAAAUUUGACGAGUUGAAAAUUCUCAGAGAGCUGGCCUACUAUCAUGUGAAGAAGGAAGGAAAGCUCUACAAGAUACCAGCACCAGAGAAGGCAGCAUCACCACCACCUACAGAGCAGGGUGGUAUCUUACAGAGGUGGUUCCCAGGGUGGGGUGGGUGGUAUAGUUCUACCCAGACAGACAUGGGGGCUACAGCAACGUCAGUGCCUGCCUCACAGGAAGUAGGGGAACCACCAACUAAAUUAAGGAAAGAUGUAACAGAGCAAGAGAUAGAACAGGAAUUGAUGGACGUUGUACAGGAUACAUCAGAGAACACCUCAUUCCUUAAGAAGGACACUGUGUUUGCUUACAUGAACUUUAAACUGGAAUCAGGGGUCUUUAAACUCCUCAAAGAGCAGACAACUGCUACAUCCCCAGCAGUUUCGAGCAGUCAGUUGGUGACAAUGAUGGAGCUGGAAUGUUCUACAAUCAACAUACUGUUUGAAUCAAGGCCUCGAAGUAAAGCUAUGAAGUUUGGAGUUAAUGUCGGGGGGCUGUUCCUCAGAGAUAAAUUUCUGGAGAAUUCUUUAUUCCCUAAUAUUAUUUCACCGCAGCCAAAGGAGCGAAUCUUGUCCCUCUCUAAAUCCCCCCAGAGCAGUUUUUCCUCCCAGACAACAAAGCCUCCAUCCAGUCCCCCAGGCCAGGAGGCAUCAGAGGAUAAAAUCUUCAAACUGUUCUUUGAGAAAAACAGUGCAGCUAAAUAUAGAUUGGACAUUCAGACUAAACCUCUGGAUGUUGUUUAUAACCCAGCCUCUGUGAGGAGAGUGAGGGAAUUCUUUACCACAAGGAAACUCAGCAGUUCUCGCCUCUCACAACUCAAACUCACUGCAACUGCCAGACAGCAGAUUCAGCAGAUUAAAGAGCGUUCAAAGGCCGAACUCAAACAUGCCCUGGAGGACUUGUUAGAAGGGGAUGAAGGGAAGUACAGUCGAUGGGACAUAGACCUUGACAUUUCAGCCCCUCAGAUUAUGGUUCCAGAGAAUUUCUCAGAUCAGUCCUCUAAUAUGAUGGUCCUAGAUCUGGGUCACCUUCACUUCUACAAUAAGACAGCCGACAAAGCCACCACUAGUCAGACAGAAGAGGAAGAUGACAAUGGAGAAGAUUUUCAGACCCCCAUGUCAACCCCACCCAGUGAGGCAGAAAAUGAAGAGAAACAAGAGGAGAUGAUGGAGACAGAUGAUCUGCCACACGCCGCACUGUCUGAGGCUCAGCUCUACAACAGACUGUAUGAGAGGUACUCAUUAGACCUGUCUGACCUACAAGUAAUGGUGGGGAAACCCCGAGACAACUGGAAACACAUCAAAGGGCGGGGCAUUACUCACUUCCAUGUGGUGGACAAAUUCAGCAUCAAUUUACACUUUGAGAGGAGACUCCUUCACACUACGGACCCCGAGUUCCCCAGUAUGAUUGUUUCAGGAAAUCUUCCUUCUCUGACUCUACAUGUUAAUGAACAGAAGGUGACUGCCAUGAGGAAAUGUGUGGACAUCCUGACCACACCCACUGCCUUUGUGAGUCCCUAUGCUGUACCGAGCUCGGAGAGUGCUGUAUCCAUGACAGAGUCUAUAUCAGCUGACUUCAGUGACAUCAGUUCCUCCAGCAGUGGUACUGACAGCAGAUCUAAUCAGGACAAGAAAGAGGAUGACAAGACAGCUUCCUCUGUAGAAGAAUCCCGUCUUCUCUGGGGGCAGUUCACCAUCAACUCACUGAAGCUAGAAAUUCACAGCUUUGGGAAACCUUUGGCAGAGCUCCAGGUUACUAACGUCAUGGCCAGUGUAACCAAGCGACCGUUUGACACAGCAGUGAAGGUUUCUGUACACAGUCUGCUCAUUGUGGAUGCCCUACAGACGUACGGUCCUGAUUUUGAGCUCUUGGUUGCUUCACACAAACAUGUCACAAUUGACAGUAAGAGUGGGAGUCUUCUGGGAUCAGAUCCUUCCUCCCCAAUGUCUGCCACCUCCCCUAAUUACCCACAAUCCCCUGCAGAGACCCUAUCUCAGCCCUCCUACAGUAGUCAUCUACAGACCGUCCAAGAGGCCAUUAGUACAGCCAUUCAUUCCUUGUGGACAGCUACGUCCAGCAUUGGGUCACAGGAGCGGCCAAAAUCUGAGUCCCACCACAGCCACAUAUCUGCCGGGGUAGACUCGGAGGCCCUGAUCAAGCUUGAUGUGGACAUCAUUGAGGAGGAUUCACCCAGUAAUGACUACAGCUGUCCACUGAAAGUGGCCAACAUUCAGUUCAACAAUUUAGAUGUCAUAGGAAAUUGUGAAACAAUGAUGGAAAUGGUGAAUUUUGUCAAAAGGCUGUCCCCAUCCACAAUGUCAAGUUUUGGUCCAGGAUCUGUGAAUAAAUCCUCCAUUGUCAGCAAUAUGGGAGCUGGAACCAGUUCAUUGCCUGACAAAAUUGAGGUCACAGCAGACUUCAGCAGAUUAAACUUCUUGGUGAUGAGGAUUGAAGAGACAGAUGGAAUAAAGCAAGCUCAUAAGGUUGCUACAGCAACCAUGUCAUCUGCUAAAGUUGAGGCAACCAUAGACAAUCAUCUGGAUGUUCAGGGGUCGUUGGGAGGUUUCCAUAUUCUGGACGUGUCUGCCGAGGACAUCAAACAUCAGCACGUGUUCAGUGUUGGAUCACACUCAGCUCUCACUCAAGUCCAGGAGUUACCUGUCCACGACAUUAUGUACAAAACUGCCCAGGAGUCCAUGUUCUUCACCGAGCAGGAGGAAGCAUUCUCCUUCCAUAUUCUUAAGGGAGUACAGCAGACGACAACUUUACAGGAUAUGGAGGCAUCACCUAGGAUGAGAAGAUUGUCAGGAAAGGAAGAAAAAUUGAUAAAUGUGAGAUUAAAAAUGGCAUCCAUUUGUUAUGUCCACUCGCCAAAACUUCUCCACGACAUUGCUGACUGUUUUUCAGACUUUAAAGAGUACACCAGUUCCAUGGCAACAACCAUUAAAUCUGCUGCUUCUGAUGUGGCUACUAAAAUUGUAAAUAAGCGGACAUCAGAUGCUUCUAUGCUUGGAAGUCUUUCAAAUAUAAAUGACAGUACUUUUUGCUCCAAUCUUUCUUUAGAUGAAACUAGUCAAUUAGAAAAUUUCAUUGAGGAACCUGAGACUAAAAUUGUUUUAAGUGCACAGUUAGAAACUCCGGUGAUUGUUAUCCCUAGGACUGCUUCAAGUUCUGAAGUGCUGAUUGCACACUUAGGAAAAAUUUCAAUCAAUAAUCUUUCCCGUGAUACAAUGCAAGAGGAAGGAAAAGAAAUAUCUGUGAUAUAUCAUGAGAGACUGAGUGUUGAGGCAAGAGACACAAAUUUGUAUGCAGUAGACAUUGAUAAUCCGAAAUCCAAAAUGGAUCCCUCUCUUGAUCAAAGUGCAAUGUACAAUAGUGUUUACAAUCAAAGUGAUUGUGGAGUUCCAAUAAUGCAUGACACAACCUUGGAAAUCGUAAUUGAUCUUGGUCACACAAAUGUUUCAAAGGAACAGGAAAUUGAGACGGUUUACCUUGGAGAAGAGACUUUAAAGAGUAGCCCUCAGGAUGUUCCGUCCUCUCAGAAUGUGAUUGAGAUAAUGGCCAAAAUUUCAACUCCAAUCAAACUAGAGCUCUCUAAAGGAGUCUAUGAACAGGUGUUAGAAACUGUGGACAACCUGACCUAUGAUGAAAAAACUCAUGGUACAGCUACUAACAGUUCCUCAUCUACGACUUCUUCCGCGAUCUCAUUCUCAGCUAGUUUUGUGUCAGCAAAGUCAGACAAAAGCCGGGAAUCCUUGCCGGACAUUCCUGAAGAUAUUCCAAACACCAGUGAAGCAGUGCCAUCUAAAUCUGAUGUAAAAUCAGAGGAUGCAGGGAUGAUCACAAGAAUCUCUUUUGAGGUGCCUCUUUUCAAUGUUGAAUUGAAGGGGGAUUUUGAUGAGGGGGAGAAGGGACUUGUGGACCUAAAACUUCAUAAUUUCUCCAUGGAAUUUGAGAAGAGUAGUUCAUACAGCACCAGUAUUGAAAUCCAGUUACAGUCUCUGACAAUGGAAGAUUUGUUAGUGAAUGCAGAUUCUGAGUAUAAGUACAUGUAUCUCUUAAAAUCUAGAGUUUCAAAAGCUGAUGAUAAGGAGCACAUGAAACCAAAACUGUUCCUGUCCCAUUCCUGCCCAGACAGUACGAUUUUGAUGCCAACUGCCUCACUACCAUCAUCCCUGCCUUCCAGUUUCCAUGACAACUUGAGCAAUUUAACAAGAGGUUCGGCUUCUGCUGUAGGUGCUGGAAUAGCCUUCCAGCCCUCUAAAAGUAGAAAACCUACAGGGAAAGAUUCCUGCCCCCAGACCCCUCCUCCAUCUCUACGGACAUCCAGACGAUCAUCUGUAACCAAACCUAAAGAGGACGAUUUGGUUCACAUCAAAGUACAGCUUAUUGACAAAAACUCACCAGAAUAUUCAGCCAACUACAACAGGACAAACCGUUUUAUAGAUGUAGACUUUAACUGUUUGGAUGCCAAUGUUAACCUGCAGACCUGGGUUGUACUGCUGGACUUUCUGGGGAUGGGGGCCAAAAUUCCAGAUGCCAGUCAGCUGGAGGUCAGCUUAGAGAAAGAUCCAAGCCUGUCGCUGUCAGUUUCUAAUGAGCCUUCUGUUAACUCGGUUGUUAACCUAAAAGUAAAGAGCUUCACGUUAAUCCUGAACAAACCCGAAUAUGAGUUAUCUCGAGCCAAUGUUGAGUUGCUGUCAGCUAAUGUCAACUUGAGAGAUGAGAAUAUGGCAAUCUCAGGACAGCUGGGUAAUCUAUCACUGAUUGACAAGUCGCCCCAUGGUAACUUGUACCGGGAGAGAUUUGUCACAGUGGGUGACCAAGCUCUGGUGUUUGAUAUAUUCAAAUACGGCCCUCCUGAUCCUAAUCUAGUGAGAGACUGUGACAUCAGUGUUAAAUUACAGAUGGCCUCAGUUCGAUACAUCCACACUAACAGAUUCCAGAUGGAGUUUGUGGCAUUUCUCCAACACUUUCUACAGCUUCAGGAUGUUCUAGGGAGGUACCGAGCAGCCUCUGCUGGAAAAAGGGUGACAGACAAGGCCACCAGAGGAUCUAGAAUCAAACUGGACAUCAAUGCAGACUCUCCAAUCAUCCUGCUACCACACAGCUCUAAGACUACAGACAUCUUAGUGGCUGACCUAGGAAAGCUGACGGUAAACAACUGCUUCAUUUACGAUGGAGAACCAGGGACCUUGACUUUUGAACAAGACGACAGUGAUUUGAUGAGUACGCGGUCACGCGAAUCAAUGUCUUCUAUGGCUUUGUCAGAGACCAGUGACUAUUCCAUAGACAGUUCCUCUGCUGCCACUGGGAUGACCCAGAGUCUGUUCAACAGUUACAACCCACCAAUGGCAGCUAUGGCAAAUCCCAUGCUUCAGAGUAUCUAUGGAAGCUUGGACCAAGAUCAGAGGUCCUCAGUGAGUGAAGUCCGUGAUGAGUGUGAUAUUUAUGACCCAACAGAAAUAGGUACAGGGAGUGCAACAAGGUCACCGAGGUCACCAGAGGGCAGCAGUGUGGAUCCAGAAUUUUUCCCUGAUUCAAGCUCCUGCUUUUCCAGUUCAAAUAACCUAACCUCCCAACACAGGUUACGUAUUAAUGAUAGCAUGAGGGAAGGGAAAAUUAAGAGGACCCCAUCCACCAGUUCCCUGAAUCAUCCUAAGAUACCGAAGUUUGAUGGUGACCAUAUUUGUUUACUGGACAUCAUGAAUAUUCAUCUGAAGGACAUGAACUUGUAUUCUGCAGAGCGAGUGAACAAACAUGAUUACAAUGGGUCUGGUCAAGAUCUGGAGUUCAAGUCCUUUGUGGUGCAAAAACAGGGUGGGGACCCCUUGAAGGAGAAGAUUCAGCUGACCCUGGUGGUGGAGAGGAAUCUUGAGGGGGACAUCAGUCACUCCGCUCCGGACUUCAGGGUUAAGGGCAUCCUGUCCUCUGUCCACUGUUCCCUGGACAUUGCUCAGUACAAACUAGUCAGAGGGAUCCUGGACCAUAACCUGGGAGAGAAACUCCCGGAGUUCAGACAUCCUCUGAUGUCCCACCUCAUGGACCCAGUCAUUGAUACUGUACUGAGUGGAACGGUUUGGCAGGGCAUUGCAAUGGCUAUUGAUCUCAACAAUGUGACAGUGGAGCUGUUGUUGGCUCAUGUUGAUGGCCAGCAGUGUCCUGAGCAGUCAUUGGCCAAGCUGGACUUCAUAUGCUCCACCCUCAAGUUUGACAGCUUUUCUGACCAAUCAAAAGACAUAGAUCUGGUAUCCAAUGAAAUCAUUAUGAGUGACACAAGAUUUAGAGAUGCACCUGUUAAUGUCCGUCCCAAUGUCUUUGAGAAGAUCCUGCAACCUGGUCCUAGCAGUAAGAAAUCAAAGACAUUCCAGUUAGAACUGCAUUACCGGGCCACACAGGAGUCUAACAAGUUCUCUGUCAUCCUCAACAACAUGAAGGUCAUGUGUAUCUUUGAUUGGAUUCUCUCUGUCAGGGAUUUCAUCAUGGAGAGCCCCGAGGAUCCUUUCAUUAUGAAGAAAGAGUCUUAUACUGACGAUGUAGUGAUGAGUUCACCUGAGGUCAGCAGACAGACGUCCAGGGAUUCUACUAAAACUACAAGUCCUCUGACCGUGUCUAGUGGUAUAAUGACAAAGAGAGGGCCUAUUGUAGAGGAGGUGGAGGUACCAUUUGAGUUGAAGCUGAAUGUAUCAGACACCCAGUUCAUUGUAGUUGAAGACAGCACUACAUGGGAUACUAAUGCUGUCAUUCUAAAGAGCACAGCAAUACUAAAUUUCCGUCCCAAAGCCAAGGACAAAAUUCUGACCUGCACUCUUCAGUCUUUGGAGGUAUUUUCCUGCUCUUUGACAGCAGAAGAGGAGACGGCUCAAUCCAUCAUAGAUCCACUUACCAUCCACAUUGAUCUCAACGCUAAUCCACUUCCCAAACAUAAGCUGUCAUCACCCGCUGGAUUAUUGGAGGCUUCUCAGGUCCAUCAAAAUAACCUUGUACUUGAGAUUACAUUUAAUGUUAUGAACAUUCGACUGUCCUACAUUGACAUGAAAAUGUUCCUGGCUAUAUUGAAUUCUAUCCCAGAGCAAGCAUUGAAAGCAACACAACAUGACAAACCUACAGAUAAAGCUUAUCCAGCUGACAAAAUGAGCAGUCUCUAUGAUAUGGGGUUCAGUAUGGAGGAUUGUAAGAAAGCUCUUGACCUGAACAAGAUGAACUUAAUGGAGGCAGCAGUUUGGCUGACUGAGAAUGCUGUACCAGAGGAAAGGAGCCGGUCAGAAGAGGGGGGACUUCAUAUCACAGGGAUGGAGAUAAAGUCAUCUUCAGUGUGUGUUUGCCUGAUAGAUGAUUGUGGGGACUCCGAUGUUCCACUGGCAGAAAUUUCCUUCAACAGCAUUCAGUUCUCCCAGCAAUUUCUUCCGAGACAAGAGGGGAGUGGAUCUUUUAUUUUGAUGGGUGACUAUUACAACAGGAAACUCUCUGGAUGGGAGCCGUUUUUGGAACAAUGGAAAUGUCGUUGUGAGUGGAAACAGUACUAUCAAAAUAUGGAGAAGAAAACUGCCAUUCAAAUCAAUGCACAAGAGGUGUUGAAUCUCAACAUAACCAGUACAGUCCUGGAGCUGUACAACCAGACAAAGAAUACUUGGUCGGAGGACUACUAUAAACAAAUUGUCCCAGCAAAUUCCCAAAACCAGCCCCACCAGGCUAGCCGUACUGCUGUGAGCUGUCAGAGGAGGAGAGUUCCAUUUGUUCCCUUUAUGUUGUCAAAUGAAACAGGAUGUACUCUCUGGUUCACUACGGUGACCACCACACCAAGGUCAGGGAGAAGAAAAGGUUAUAAGGAUGACCACUAUAUAAAGGCUUCAGAGUGGAAAAAAGUGGAGUCAGGAGAAAAAAUACCAUUCUUCUUCCACAACAAAGAGAAAAAUCGUCACGAGAAAACCCACGAGUUGAGCAUCAAUCAGCUGGUUGUGAAGGUGGAUGGGUGGAUGAAGCUGUCCAAUGUGACGGUGGAUCGUGUGGGGGUGUACUUCAGACAUGCUGAACCUGAUGUCUCACAAGCCAAAGGAUUAGCUGGGUUAACAUACAGUUCAAAACAUGACCCAUCCAGACAGAAGCCAGCAAGACUUGUGUUUGAUGUAAAACAGGAAGGAAAAGCUCGUAAACUGAUAACGGUCAGAUCAGCCCUGAUUGUCCGAAAUGAAUUGGACUCCAGCAUUGACCUUAAAAUGGCCACACACUCAGGCUUGGAAGGUAAAUUUAAUAUCAUGGAAAUCCCACCCAAAGGAACCUUACCACUUCCACUUCCAUAUGUGUCUUCCAUGCUCUAUGUCAGGCCAUCUGAUUGGCCAGUGAAGUAUUGCAAUCAACCAAUCCAAUGGCAGAAUGUUGGUUUGGCAUGGGAAGUCCAGGAGAGAAUAAUGAAAUGCGACUCUUCAGAAGGAACUGGAGUUUAUAGAUUCUGUGUGUCGGUCAAGCGGGAGAACUAUCCUGAGCAGUUACUGACAGAGGACUCGAGUUUGAUUCUACCAGGACACACUGUAUCCAUACGUCCACCUGUGAUCAUUCGUAACCUGCUGCCCAUUGAACUGAGAUACUACAUCAGAGAUACGCAGAUCUGUGGGACAGUGAAGGCAGGAGAGAAGGCUUACUUACAUGCUGCUGAUCCCCAGCAGACAAUGGAGCUGGGAUUAAAUCUUGAGAACUUCCCCACCUGUAAGGAGUUGGUGGUUCCUCCUGUCACCACCGGCCCCCAGUACCACAAGGUCAAGAUUCGUCUAUAUGACACCAAGAAACGUCUGCUGGAGUUACUCAUCAAAAUCAUCUUCAGGAAAGGAGGAGCAGUCUCUAUCCAUGUGACAGCCCCUUACUGGUUGGUCAACAAGUCAGGGCUCCCCCUGGUGUUUAGACAGGACUUUUCCCAGCAGGAUGCUGCCGGACAGUAUGAGGAGCAUGAACUGGCCCGCUCAGUCACCCCACUACUCUUUUGUUACGCGGAGAAGGACCUUCCCAAUCUAUGCACAAUGAGAGUAGGAAAGUCUGUCCAGGGUCCAGAUGCUGUUCCUGUGUGGUGUAAGAGGUUCUCCCUGGAGAGUGGUACCGGCAUGAGGAGACUGAAUGUAGUUCCUAAGACUGGCAACCGCCCAGACUGGGUGUAUAACAUUGGUAUAGGGGUACACCAAGGGAAAGGACUCUAUGCUGACACAAACAUUGUGACCUUUGCCCCCUUGUAUGAAAUUGACAACCAAUCCAGUCACAGACUUGCAAUCGCUCAGAGACACCUUGCCCUUUCUGAGAAAAUGAAGCUAGACACCUGUUUAAUUGCCCUUCCACAAUGUAAGCUUCCAUUUCAUUGGCCAAGACUUGACCUUGAUCAGUUGUUAUGUGUAAAUCUAUUGGAUGUUGGAUCCUCCUCCUGGUCAGGUGGAUUCAGAAUUGAUAAAACAGAUUCUUUCCACAUAAAUAUAAGGGAUGAUCACAAUGUGAGUCAUCUCCUGAAGGUGGAGAUAGUGAUGGAGGGACCCACAUACUUCAUAGUGUUUGGGGAUGCUGGGGAAGUCCCCCCUCCCAUCAGAAUAGACAACUUGGCUGAAAUUCCUGUGGAAUAUUUCCAAAGUGACACAACAGAACAGAAGCUGAGAGCUUUCGUUCAGCCUCAUGUACAGUUACCUUAUGCCUGGGAUGAACCAAUGUUGAGCCACUCAAUAACACUGAGGGUAAAGGGAGGAACUAGUGCCACCUACAAUAUGGACAAAUUGGAGGAAGGGAAGCAACUCUGUUAUCCAAACUUUAUUUACCUGAGAGCAUCAGCUACCUCUGCAAAAAGUCCAACACAGGAUAGUCCUCACACAGACCUUGUUUUAGAAGUUGUUCAAGAUCAGUACAUCAAAUUCUGUAAAAAGGAGGUUGGUAAUCGUAACCAGUUAUGGAGAAUGACCAGUGGGGGUAUGUUAGAGCAUGAGGGGUCAAUAUCUCCUAGAGACCCCCACAAUAGGUCCUCCUACCCCUCGGGGAAGAGCAUGGUACUGGACAUAGAUGACAUCGCCCCCAGACCAGGCAGGAUUGUCCCCCUCACCCUCAGAAAAAGAGACGAGAGGAGGAAAGCGACACAGACAUGGAAGUUCACUGAGGAUGGCAGACUGUGUUGUGUUGAUGGUGCUAUGUGUGUACAGACACUUGGAGGGGUAGAGUGUCUGAGGGACUCAGCUGUAGCUGUAGUGGGGCCUGGUCCCCCCUCAGGGAGGAGUGUCCCUGCCCACAUGAAGAUUGACAGACGGAGGCUCCUCCCAGGGUCAGGCUGUCUUGCUGUCAGGACCGUCAUGGAUGGACCAAUCAGAGUGCUGCAAAUUACAGAUGUCUCACAAGGAUCUGUUGCUGAAGUAACAAAGAACUACCAAGACUGGGUUGUUUGUGAAGAAGAUAAGGUGGCUGAAAUAGAGAAUAAAUCAGCAGAGAAGAAAUCAAGUUUAGAGAUUUGUAUGAGUCUGAAGGGGGGUGUGGGUUUAUCCCUUGUGAAUUACACCCCAGAGGAGCUGGUCUAUAUCUCACUACAGAACAUCUCUCUGGACUACAUCUCUAACCCUAAUUACUUGACGGUAGAUGUAGCGGUAGCCAAUGUACAGGUUGAUAAUCAGCUGUUCACAGCCACCAGACCUGUCCUGUUGUAUGUCACACCUACCCCUAGAAGAGACAUCCCAGAGAAUACUCCAGCACUCCAUGUUGUGGCCCAGAAAAUUCCCAACUCAAAAUGGAAUGCUGAAAUUUAUAAACACUUAAUUGUAAGCAUGAAGAAACUGAGCAUUCAGAUAGAGGAGGAAUUGUUAUGGAAGCUGUUACAGUUUUGUGGAUUUGGGUCAGCGGACCACAUGGAUGAGAAAGUCACAGAGGGGGAGGAUCCAAGAAAAGCACUUGCAGCUGCCACUUCAGUGAAGACAAAGAGAUAUUACUUUGGACUUCUGAAAAUCCACACCAGUCGUAUCAAUCUGAGCAUGCUCACUGCCUCCAAACUGUCACCUGACCUGAAGGCUCUGAAGAGGGACAUGUCUCUACCACUUGUCAGAUUUGAAGAUGCUAAAGUGGAUUUAGAUCCUUUCAUCAAAAGUCACCUAUUUGAAACCAUUGUCUUCCUUCAGAAAGAGAUAGGAUUCCACUACACUGAGGAGUUGAAGAGUCAGGCAGCCAAGAUCCUGGGUUCUGUGGACUUUCUGGGAAAUCCCCUGGGUCUGUUUAAUGAUGUCACAGAGGGAAUUUCUGGUCUGAUCAAUGAUGGCAAUGUGGGGGGUCUGCUGAAAAACGUCACACAUGGGGUGUCUAACUCUGCUGCCAAGGUUGUUGGAUCGCUAUCUGAUGGUCUUGGGACACUGAACAUGGACAAAAACUACCAGGACAGAAGGGAGCAGUUGAGGACCGGUGCCCAGUCCAGCGGGGGGCAUAUACUGGCCGGGGUCAAAGGUUUUGGUAAUGGACUGUUUGGUGCUGUGACCAGUAUAUUUACCCAGCCUUAUGAUGGUUUCAAGGAAGAUGGUAUCGAGGGAUUUGUGACAGGGAUUGGGAAGGGAGUGAUUGGUACAGUCACUAAGCCUGUAGUUGGAGUACUAGACCUAGCCUCGGGAGCAGCUAACGCUAUCAGGGACACCAGCAGUAGCAGCUCUCGUAUCAGUCCCCCUCCCAUCAGACUCCCACGGUGCUGUCACGGGGCGGGGAUGUUGCUGCCUCCUUACUCUCAAAAUGAUGCCAAGUCACAGAAACUACUGCAUGAUCUCAACAAGAAGAACCUGGAUGAAUUCUUCAUAGCUGUAGAACAGCUGAGGAGAGAAGACAGACUGAUGUCCCUGAUCACCUCUAAACAGGUGUACUUCUUACUAGGGGGUGAGGCUGACUCUGGGAACAUCAUUCUAAAGGUCCCCCACAAAGAGCUGUUCCAGUGUGUGAUGGUAGAAAUCAAAGGUAGAUAUUACCUGGAGUUGGUGAGGUUACCAACAUCAGCUUCUGAUCAGCAGAGGGUCCCCCAGAUCAGAUGUGACAAACAAACAGUAGCUGAAAGGGUGAGUCAACAGAUCAACUAUGCCCGUAACCUGUUUGAAGAACAACAGCACACACUGACGUCUACAGAGGCUGAAGAGACAUAGUGGAUAAAUAAAGCUAUUGUGAACAAACAUUUCAUGUGUGAUUUACUUUUAUAACUAUUGAUGAUGAAAGCAUAGAAGCUUUGAAAAACUCUGAAUAAUGAACUUAUACAAGAAUAAUGUACUUCGAUUAUAUAUUAAGUAAAGUUAUGUGAUAAAGUAUGAAUUGCAAGUUUAAGAGAUUGUUUAUAAUGAUUAAUUGUUACAAUUAUCUGCCAGUGAAUGAAAUAUUCAACAGCUGAUAAACUGCAAUCUUGUGAAUCAAUUUUGAUGAUGUGUAUGUGUUAUGAAUGUAUUCCUGUGUACAUGUGAUUACUUUUGUGUAUGAUCAUAAUUUUAUUGAAAACUCUUUCUUUUUAAUAUGGACAUGGAUCUACAUGCAAGCUUAGAAUUUUUGUUUGUUAUUGUGCUAUUUGUUGAUUAUUAAAACAUAUAAUAUUCAUAA